UACUACAGUAAAAAAUGAGAUUAGAGCAAAUGAAAGCUUAUUGAAAUAAAGUCGGUAGUAAUCUAAAAGAAAUGGGGGAUUUGGAGUUUUGAUGUGUGAAAACGGUAGUAGGCGGUGGUAAUGGGUUUGGUGAGAUAUGGAGUUGGAUGUGUUGGAAGGAAGUAAGCACGAGGCUUGAAUUUCCAAAAACAAUAAUAAUAAUAAUAAAAAGAAAAGGAAGGAAAAGCACAAAUACGAUCGAGUGAAAAAAGUGGGGAAAUUGGCAACAUAAUUCAAACUAACUAAUUGGGUUUGAGGGUAACUUUGGGUGGCGUGUCUUCUUACUGUAAUUGCAGUCACCCAACACCGCCAUUAUCAAAGAUCAAGCAGCAGCUGAACCCUAAUUUAACAUCAACAGUUUGAAUAAUUGGCAGGCAGCACCAUGGGUUUACUUUGCAGCAGGCAUCAACAUUCCACUCAACCUGAUCCUGAAAAUGCCCAGGCUACUGAGAUCGAAAGAAGGAUUGAGAGAGAAACUAUUGCUGAAAAGCAUAUACAGAAGCUCCUUUUACUUGGUGCUGGAGAAUCCGGUAAAUCAACUAUUUUCAAGCAGAUUAAACUUCUGUUUCAGAUGGGAUUUGAUCAUGCUGAAUUGAACAGCUAUACACCCGUUAUUCAUGCCAAUGUCUAUCAGACUAUCAAAUUAUUGAUUGAUGGCUCCAAGGAAUUGGCUCUAAAUGAAACCGACUCUUCAAAGUAUACCUUGUCCACCGAUAACAAGGAACUCGGAGACAAGCUUUCAGAAAUUGGUGGCAGGUUGGACUAUCCACAACUCACUAAAGAGCUUUCUGAGGAAAUUGAAAAAUUAUGGAAAGAUCCGGCUAUUCAGGAAACUCUUGCCCGCAGCAGUGAACUACAACUUCCAGACUGUACCGAUUAUUUUAUGGAACACCUUAAAAGACUUUCUGAUGCAGAUUAUAUCCCUACAAAGGAAGACGUUCUUUAUGCCCGUGUCCGCACAACAGGGGUUGUUGAGAUUCAGUUCAGCCCAGUUGGAGAGAAUAAGAAAAGUGGUGAGGUAUACAGACUUUUUGAUGUUGGAGGCCAAAGAAAUGAGCGAAGGAAGUGGAUCCAUCUUUUUGAAGGUGUCACGGCUGUAAUCUUUUGUGCUGCUAUAAGCGAUUACGAUCAAAUGCUCUAUGAGGAUGAGAAUAAGAAUCGGAUGGUUGAAACUAAGGAGCUCUUUGAGUGGGUCUUGAAGCAGCAAUGCUUUGAGAGAACGUCCAUCAUGUUGUUCCUGAACAAGUUCGAUAUAUUUGAGAAGAAAGUUCAGAAAGUUCCACUGAGUACAUGCGAAUGGUUCAAGGAUUAUCAAUCAGUUACAUCUGGAAAACAAGAGAUUGAGCAUGCCUAUGAGUUUGUUAAGAAGAAAUUCGAGGAGCUCUAUUACCAAUGCACUGCCCCUGAUCGUGUUGAUCGAGUUUUCAAGAUUUACAGAACAACCGCUCUAGACCAGAAGCUUGUGAAGAAGACUUUCAAACUGCUAGACGAGACUCUGAGAAGGAGAAACCUUGUUGAGGCAGGUUUGUUGUGAUACAAAAUGGCAUUUCGGUGUGAGUUUGUUAAUAUACGUAGUAUGUGGUUUUGGGGGGUGGGGAGCAUAUUUUAAGUGUGAAAUUUAAUUAAUUAAAAGAGGGAGCAGAAAAUUUUGACACCAAAUUUUACUACUGUGUAUUGUCUGUACACCACAUUUCUUAUUUAGAUUACACUGCCACAAAUUGAAUUAUCUGUUACAUAUUAAUGUUGGCUGUCCUCCACUCUGUCGGAGCGCCAGAAUACCUUGUAGCUAAAUAUUUCAAUCAGAAGAUUAUUUACUGACAGCUAGGAAUCUUACUGAAGUAAAAUCAUAUGUUCCUGUA